AAGAGGAAACUACUAAAUUAGAAUCACACGGAAACAGAGAAUCACAAUCUGUAUUAUAAAACCAAACCAACCAUCUCUCUUCUUCAAAUUCUCUAUCCUCGCUUUCUUCUUCUUCUCCGAUCUCUGUAUCUUGAGGCUCGUUAGGGUUUUGGCUGCUGGGAUUCUUUGGUCACUAAUAUUUAGAUAGAAGGUUUUUUGAAUCUGAGGAAGACGAUAGGUUUGUCGAAAGUGCUCACCUUUAUACUAACUGGUUGCUGAGAACGAUGCAACAAGGUCAGGUCGUGAAGAAGAACAUGAAAGAGGCCGAGUUUUUCACCGAGUACGGCGACGCGAACCGCUACCAGAUCCUCGAAGUCAUCGGGAAAGGAAGCUACGGAGUGGUCUGCGCAGCCGUGGACACCCACACGGGAGAGAGAGUCGCGAUAAAGAAGAUCAACGACGUCUUCGAACACGUCUCCGACGCGCUCCGCAUCUUACGAGAGGUCAAGCUCCUCCGUCUCCUGAGGCAUCCGGAUAUAGUCGAGAUCAAGAGCAUCAUGCUCCCGCCUUCGAAAAGAGAGUUCAGAGACAUCUACGUGGUGUUCGAACUCAUGGAGUCGGAUCUUCACCAGGUCAUCAAAGCUAACGAUGACUUGACGAGGGAGCAUCAUCAGUUCUUCCUUUAUCAGAUGCUUCGUGCCUUGAAGUAUAUGCACACAGCUAAUGUAUACCAUCGUGAUCUUAAGCCGAAGAACAUACUCGCUAAUGCUAACUGCAAGUUGAAAGUCUGCGACUUUGGAUUAGCAAGAGUGUCGUUUAAUGAUACCCCUACCACAGUCUUUUGGACGGAUUAUGUUGCUACAAGAUGGUACAGGGCACCUGAGCUCUGUGGAUCAUUUUGUUCUAAGUAUACUCCAGCGAUUGACAUUUGGAGCAUUGGUUGCAUCUUCGCGGAGGUGUUAUUAGGGAAGCCUUUGUUUCCCGGGAAAAGCGUAGUCCAUCAGUUAGAGUUGAUCACCGAUCUUCUCGGUACACCAAAGGCAGAGACCAUUGCAGGAGUUCGAAACGAGAAAGCUAGAAAAUACUUGGGAGAAAUGAGGAAGAAAAGCCUCGUCCCUUUUACUCAAAAGUUCCCUAACGCAGAUCCUUCAGCGCUGCGCCUGUUGCAAAGACUGUUGGCUUUUGAUCCGAAGGAUAGGCCCACUGCUACAGAGGCGCUGGCUGAUCCUUACUUCAAGGGACUGGCUAAGGUUGAAAGAGAACCGUCUUGUCAGCCGAUCUCGAAGAUGGAGUUCGAGUUUGAAAGAAGGAGGUUGACGAAGGAUGACAUUAGAGAGCUAAUAUACAGGGAGAUACUAGAGUACCAUCCUCAGCUUCUCAAGGAUUACAUGAACGGUUCUGAUGGCUCAAGUUUCUUAUACCCUAGUGCUAUUGGUCAUCUGAGGAAACAGUUUGCUUACUUAGAAGAAAAGAGCGGCAAAAGUGGGCCAAUCAUACCACCUCCAGAGAGAAAGCAUACUUCACUUCCACGGUCCACAGUGGUGACAACCUCCUCCAAUGCUCCAACUAAACCUUUAGGACCUCCUCCAAGGAUACCUUCAGGUAGUAGACCAGGCCGUGCUGUGGUGGAAUCAUCUCUAACUUAUGAGAAUAGCAGGACAUCGUAUUGCAGAAGCACUACUCCACAGCAGACCGUUUCUCCCAACUGUUUCUUCCAUCCCAACGCCAUGAACCAACAAGAGAAGCGUGGCGGUGGUACAGAAGCAAAACCGCAGUUCGCAAAGCCAGCUGAGCUGAACCCUAACCCUUAUGUCGUCCAAACACAGCAUAAGGUGGGUAUUGAUGCUAAGCUGUUGCAUGCACAGUCCCAGUAUGGUCCUGCUGGAGCUGCUGCGGUUGCAGUAGCGGCACACCGGAGCGUAGGAACGGUUGGGUAUGGCAUGUCUUAAAUGAUUUUUUAGCAAAUUUGUGUUGGUGUCAGGUUAUUUUGAUUGCCAGAAACUCCUCUCCCCCCCCCAUGUUAGUCAUUGUAUAAUGUAAAGUAUUAUUUGAUCAAGCCUGACUUUAACGAACAAAAUUUGAGAGAUUGUGUAAUAAUAAUAAAGAAAGGUUCAGUUUUAACCCAA